AUGGCGAAAGAGGGUCCUCACGGCGGUUCGAGCUCAGCACCAUCAGCAUCGGUGACAGGAAACAACUUCGACGUGUUCCUGAGCUUCGGAGGAAGCGACACCCGACAUGGGUUCACCGAUGUUCUCUACAGAAGCCUCGUCGAUCACGGGGUUCGCACCUUCUUAGACGAAGAAGAGCUUUCCGAUGGAGAGUAUAUCAAGAAGCAGCUCCCUGAGUCGAUCAAGCUGUCGAAGAUUGGCAUCCCGAUCCUGUCCGAGGACUAUGCCUCGAGUAAGCCGUGCCUUCGUGAGCUGGCUCAGAUGGUCGAGUGGUGCAAAGAGGGAAGAAUGAUCAUCAUGCCCGUCUACUUCUUGAUCACGGCAUGGGAUGUGGAAAUGAAGGAUGGGAGGGGUCCCUACGCCGAUAAAAUUGCGGCACACAAGGAGAAAGGAGUUGAUCCGGACACGGUUCAGAAAUGGGUGGAUGCCCUCAAAGAAGUGACAUCUGUCAAAGGGCGGCAACUGACCGAAUCUACUAGGCGAGGAGAAUUUGCAAUUAUGAUGGUCUCAAAAGUUCUGAAGAGAUUGAGAAAGGCUAAGCUCAAUUUGUCUGACAAAUUAGUCGGGAUUGAAGACCGCUUGCCCGAGCUGAGAAGAAUGUUGGAUACUGACUCUAGUGACGUGCGGAUGAUUGUCAUCUCCGGCAUUCCAGGCAUUGGUAAGACAACCCUCGCAAAAUCUCUCUACAACGAUAUCUGCCACCUCUUUGACCGUCACAGCUUUCUCGGUGAUAUUGGAGACGCUACUGACAAGAAGGCUCUUCUAGCUUUGCAAAAUCAGUUGGUCUCUGACAUCGUCCAAAGGGACUCAGCAAAACUCCAAUCGGUUGAGGAAGGAAUCAGCUUCCUCAAAUUAAGAUUAAGCACCUGGAAAGUCCUCAUCCUUUUGGACGACGUGCAUGAGAAGUCUCAGCUUGAAGCUUUGGUUGGAAGUCUCGAUUGGUUCGGUUCAGGGAGUAGGAUCAUUAUCACAACCAAAAGAGUUCUCAAUUUACGUGAAAUGGCAGAAACUGAUGACGUUGAAACUUACAAAGUCCCAGAGAUGGAGGAUAGUGAUGCUCUAAAACUUUUUGUAGAUACGCCUUUGCUAAGGAUUGUCCAGAACAUGACUAUGUUGAUCUGUCCGAAAGAAUAGUGUAUGCUACUGGAAAGCUUCCAUUAGCUGUUGAGCUCGUAGGUUCACACCUGUCUCUGCUUCGGGAUAAAAGAGGAGCUUGGGAAUCUCUACUGGAGAAGUUACAAAAUGUAACUGAUGAUAAAGUCGAGAACAAGUUGAGAAUAACUUACGAACAAUUAAACAGUUUCCAACAGCAUAUUUUUCUCGACAUAGCUUGUUUUCUUUUUGGGGAGGAUAAAAGAUCGCAUCGUACAUGUGGGAUGAGCUUAAAUUGUAUCCUUCUUUUGAAGUCGAGAUGCUUUGUCUCAUGUCCAUGGUAAAGAUUGGAGACGACAAUAGGAUGUGGAUCCACGAUCAGCUAAGGAAGCUGGGCAGGAAAAUUGUUCAAGAAGAUUUCAUGAAACAAGGGAACAACAGUAGACUAUGGGCCACUGAAGCUCGGAAGAUUUUUAAACAAGAUGAGAGCCAAAUGAAGGUUGAAGCUCUGUGGCUUGAGAUGGAUAACACUGAACAAAAAGACAUGGAUGGUCGAUCGCAGACCUCUUUGACUGGUGACCAAUUUAAAGA